GUCUGCGAGUUAUCCACAAGGAAGUGAUCCCUGAUAAACAGCCAGCACCAGUGCGAGGAUCCGACAGCUGUGUUGCUUUAGUUAUAGAUUCAUACCAAUUGAUAAAUGGUUAUAUUUUAAUCGAGCAAAGGUUUGGAAGCACAAAAUAUAUUCAAAAUGAGCUCCGAGGUUUUCUCGUACGAGAGUUUGGUUCAUGCUGUAUCGGGAGCAAUGGGAAGUGUGACUGCCAUGACAGUGUUCUUCCCCCUUGAUACUGCCAGACUGAGGCUUCAAGUGGAUGAAAAUAGGAAGGCCAAGUCAACUCCGGCCAUUCUGGCAGAAAUUGUCAAAGAGGAAGGACUACUUGCUCCGUACAGAGGUUGGUUCCCGGUCAUCUGCAGCUUAUGCUGCUCCAACUUUGUCUACUUCUACUGCUUCCACAGCCUCAAGGCUAGCUGGCUGAAGGGAAAGCAGUCGUCACCCAGCACUGACUUAAUCGUAGGCAUCGCUGCAGGUGUUAUAAACGUACUGGUUACCACUCCUCUGUGGGUCGUCAACACCAGGCUGAAGCUGCAAGGUUCCAAGUUUCGCAACUCCGACAUACGUCCCACCAACUACUCUGGCAUUCAGGAUGCAUUUGUGCAGAUCAUCCGUGAUGAGGGCGUCGGAGCACUGUGGAACGGCACCUUCCCGUCCCUGCUGCUGGUGCUGAAUCCCGCCAUCCAGUUCAUGAUUUAUGAAGGCCUGAAGAGGCAGCUGAGGAGAGGAGUUCCCCGGGAGCUGUCGUCUGUCGAAGUCUUCAUCAUCGGCGCAGUUGCUAAAGCUGUUGCCACCACUGUUACAUACCCGCUGCAGACUAUACAGUCCAUUCUUAGGUUCGGUCAGUUCAACGAGUCAAAGGACAAGUCAAAACUGCUGUCCAGCCUGAGGACUAUCAAGUGUCUGUUGGUCAACAGGGCGAGGAAGAACGGCAUGUUGGGUCUGUUUAAAGGCCUGGAGGCCAAGCUGCUGCAGACGGUGCUGACUGCUGCUCUCAUGUUCCUUCUCUAUGAGAAGAUUGCCAGCUGCACCUUCAGAGUCAUGGGACUGAGCCCCAACCACUACAAGAAACGCUAGCUAGCAAGACACCUCACAACCAUGGACACUUGAUCACUGAUUGACAGUAAUAAUCACUGCUUGCAAGAGGACUUCAACUUUGUGGAAGUCUUUCACCUUCUUUAAUGCCGCGUUCAGACGAAACACUAAGAAAAUAUUCUAGCUGCCUUACUUGCGCAAGUUUGAUCACAGGGUUAUACAUUUGUAAUAUCAUCUACUCGCGUAGGAUGCUGAAAUAACAUUAAAAUACUGUCUUGUAAAAA